AUGGAUAAACUAAGUAAAUCACUUGAAUUUUUAAAAUUACUUUCAACAACAUCAGAAACAUUAAUAAUCAAGUUAAUAAUUCGAUUUUUUUGUGUUUAUCAUUUUAUUUUUAUCUCUUAUACAUGUAAUGAAAAUGAUUAUGAUAAUUUAAAAGAACCAAAAUUAACAAGAAUUCAAGUUGAAUUACAUCGAAUUAUAAAACGUAGUCCUAAUGUUGGAUCAAGAGGAGCGUUAAAAGAUUAUUUUUUUUUAUUGGACUUAAAUUUAUAA